ACUACUAUUCUGUUUUCAGAACUGAUAUCUCAUGGUAUAUAAUGGAUAUCUUGAGUCAGUGGUUAGUUAUUGAAAAGUUAAAAACAGGUGACAUGGCACCUAUAAAAUUUGCAAUUUUAACUGUUAGUGAUACUUGUGCGAAGAAUGAGAAAACAGAUGAAAGUGGUGCUGCAUUAAAACAGCUGAUCAACGAUAUAUAUAAUACAAAAGAUAAUCGUCAAGGAAAAGUAGUUUGCUUUGAAACUGUAUCAGAUGAAGUAUCCUUAAUAACAAAAAUUUUAACUGAUUGGAGCGACAAAAAGAUAGCCAAUGUUAUUUUAACUACUGGUGGCACUGGAUUUUCUAACAGAGAUGUUACGCCUGAAGCGACCAAAAGUGUUAUUCAUAAAGAAGCUCCUGGAUUAUCUGUAGCGAUGCUUAUGUCAAGUUUAAAAAUAACACCAAUGGCUAUGCUCUCUCGAGCUGUAUGUGGGAUACGAAAUCAGACAUUGAUCAUCAAUUUGCCUGGUUCGCCCAAAGCUGCAAAGGAAUGUUUCAGUGCAAUUGCAGAAACUAUACCACAUGCUAUAGAUUUACUUUUAGACAAUAAAGAAGAAAUCAAGGAUACACAUAACAUUGUGCAACAUGAUAUUUCCACUUGUUCGCAUAAUAAAUUUUACAUAAACACCAAUGCAGCAACACGUCUUAGGGAAUCUCUGUUUCCUAUGGUUUCUGUGGAAGAAGCAGUAGAUGAAAUAGUUAGAAGUGCAAGAGAAGAAAAUAAAACUGAGGUUGAAGUGAUUGAUGCAAAUAAUGCCUAUGGUAGAAUGUUAUAUGACGAAGUAUAUUCCAACUGUCAUCUGCCACCGUUUAGAGCUUCCAUUAAAGAUGGAUAUGCAGUAUUAGCAAGUGAUGGAAAGGGUAAAAGAAAGGUGUUAUGUGGUGUGAAAGCGGGGGCUUCAGACAUUCCGGUUGUUCUUGUUCCUGGAACUUGUGUACGUGUAAACACUGGAGCGCCUAUUCCCGAUGAAGCAACAGCGGUUGUACAAGUUGAGGAUACAAAACUUGUGUCAAAGACCUCUGAUGGCAUAGAAGAAGAUGAGAUCGAGAUAAUGAUCGAACCGAAAGAAGGACAAGAUAUUAGAUCUAUUGGUAGCGACAUAGAGAAGGGAAGCUUGGUUUUAGAAACAGGUACCUAUAUCGGUGUGGCAGAGAUGGGACUGCUUGCAGCUUGUGGCAACUAUAAAAUUAGUGUUCAGAAACGUCCGUCUAUAGGUAUAUUAUCCACUGGGGAUGAAUUACAAGAAACUGGAAUGCCUUUGGAACCAGGACACGUUUACGACAGCAAUAAAAUAACUUUGAUAUCGUUAUUAAAAGAGAAUAAUUACGAUGCUCUGGAUUUUGGAAUUGCAGUGGAUGAUGAAAUUAUUAUGGUAGAUAGAAUCAAGACAGCUAUAGAAAAAGUGGAUAUACUUGUGACAACAGGAUCUGUAUCAAUGGGCGAUAGAGAUUUGUUGAAGCCUAUUUUAGAGAAACAUUUUGAAGCCACUAUACAUUUCGGUCGUGUAAAUAUGAAACCGGGGAAGCCAACGACUUUUGCAACAUGCUUGUACAAAAAUAAGAAAAAGUAUUUCUUAUGUUUACCGGGAAAUCCAGUAUCUGCUUUCGUUACCGCACAUUUAUUUGUUUUACCUCUUUUGAGAUACUUGCAGUUCGACAUCAGUGAGUCCAUAGUAGUGGUAGCUAAGAUGUCGUCAUAUUACGCGUUGGAUGAACGUCCUGAAUAUGUAAGGGCGACUUUGAAAUGGGAGAUAUUUGACCAUUAUCCAAUAGCUUAUAUCACAGGAAAUCAAAUCAGUAGCAAAUUGCUGAACUGCAAAAGAGCUAAUGCACUCUUAAAACUACCAAAACGAACAAAGAGUCAACUGGCGUUGCAAGAAGGUGACUUUGUACCAGCAAUACUUAUUAGUAAGAUGACAUAUAAAUAAAAUUAUUGACAUAUUAAACAAAUUUCGUAGAUAGUACAUUUGAUUUUCAAAUUUAUCUUUUAAA